AUGGCGACCGAAAACGACUCUAGCGUUGUAAACGGUCACUCCAAGCAAGAGCCUACAAUUCAGACUGCAGCAGAAGUCAACAGGCAAUCGCUGGAGGAUACCGCUAGAGAGACCAAGGUCGACAGCCGUCCACUGGAGAGUGACAAAGCGCUCCCUACAGAGCCCGUCCCCAAUCCAAACCAGAGCAGCUCGGAAGGAACCAAGUCUGCCGAAGACUCCAAAGCCGUCGAUCCUUCAACUUCUCCAGAACAGGCCCUUGCUGGGGCUGUGACUGACGCUCAACCACCAUCUACCGCAGACACCGCGCAAGCAGGAGACAAACAAGAGCACGGCCCGUCUUCGGCACCAGCCCAUGAUGGCAAAGCUGUCCCUGGAGAAUCCACAGAACCCGCACGUAAGAAGCAAAAGAUUAGCGAAGAGAAUGGUGUGGACGAAAACGGUCAACCAGCUACCCCGGCCACCGGUAACUCGGCCUCGAAUGCCACUCGCAACGGUGAGCAGAAGUCAGGGCGCUCUAAGAAAGUGAAAGACACAGUGAAGCGUAUAGUUCAUACAGAUGGUAUCGGGAGUCGGACGCGCAGUCGGACCAAGGCUGCAACAACGUGA